AACUACAACAGAUCUCAAGGACAAUGAUGUAUUCACCUACAACUAUCUCAUACAUCUCGAAACGCACCUCCCUACAGCUACGGGAUUGAGUAUGCCCUGCAUGCAGGGUCUCGGCCUCGACGACGAUUCUGUCGGCUUGCAGAAUGGGCUGAACGAAUCGAAGCAGUCUUCCGAUGGAGUCGUGGAAGUCCGCUCGUACAAAUCGACGAGAAUUAAUUGGGCACACGCCUUAUCUUGACCCUCUCUCUGUUUCUGGCUUGUCCAUGAUCGGGUCACAACAAGAGUGGGAUACAGCAGAGGGCGGGAACGUGGUGGCCAAGUGGUGUCAUGCGUUGAGAAAGUAGGAGAGAGUCUUCGUUGGAGCACUCGAAUCUGCGUGCAAGUCAGUGUGUUUACUAUUGAAUUCUUAUUUACAAAAUUCCUUGUCGUUCCACCGUCCGUAAUGGCUCCUUCAGCGACCGAAACAAUCCCAGUGGUAUCCAAAAAGGAAGAAGAAUAUGCUUCUGGCGCUCCGGACCUAGCCUUUCCUACAGAUGUCCCAAAGGGUCCUCCUUCGUUCGAUGACAAGUACGAGGAGCGAAAGUACUUAAAGCAUCGCCUUGCGCUAGCAUUCCGAGUAUUCGCAAAGUUUGGCUUUGCAGAGGGAGUUGCUGGACACAUUACUUUGAGAGAUUCAGUGGAUCCGAAUUGCUUCUGGGUCAAUCCAUUCGGACUACACUUCUCACUUGUUACAGCCGAUGAUUUGAUCCUCGUUAAUCAUGCUGGCAAAGUAAUCGACGGUGGCAAGAAUCGCAUGCUCAAUUAUGCUGCAUUUGCAAUACAUUCAGAGAUUCAUUCCGCAAGACCAGAUGUAGCAUGUGCAGCUCACUCACAUAGUGUUUAUGGGCGAGCUUUUUGUGCUACUGGCCGUGAGCUUCAAAUGCUCACCCAAGAUGCGUGUGUGUUCUAUAAAGACCACGCGCUAUAUGGCACAUUUGCGGGAGUAGUCCUCGCAUCGGAAGAAGGGAAGCAUAUCGCAAAAGCUCUUGGUCAUCGUAAAGCUGUUCUGCUCGGAAACCACGGUCUUCUAACAGCUGGUAAAACCAUCGAGGAAGUCGUGGCGCAUUUCGUGCUGCUUGAAAAGUGUUGCGAGGUGCAACUUGCAGCUGAUGCUUCGGCUGCAGGAAGUGGCAAGCCCCUCGUAGAGAUUGGCGAGAAGGAGGCACAGAAUACCUGGGAGGCUCUAGGACAUUCUGCAAGUGGAUACUUCAUGGGCUUGCCAUUGUUUCAGACAGUAGAGGGCGAAUUUGGCGAAAGAACGUUUCUCGGACGAGGUAUCGAGCCUAUCUGAUCGCCAAGACUCGGAAUAAGAUGAGUAUUUGGACGUUCAAAUUACAUGAAUUUUCUAUC